AUGUUGCACCUUGUGGGUCUCGGUCUCGCCGAUGAGACUGAUAUCACUGUCCGCGGACUGGAGAUUGUUAAGCGUGCCGAGCGUGUUUAUCUAGAGGCAUACACUGCUAUUCUUCUAGUGGACAAGUCGAAGCUUGAAGCAUUUUAUGGCCGACCUGUUAUCGAGGCCGACCGCGAACUAGUAGAAAGUGGCAGCGAUGAGAUCCUAGCAGAUGCAGACAAAGUCGACAUCGCAUUCCUAGUCGUCGGUGAUCCAUUCGGCGCAACAACCCACACUGAUCUCGUCCUCCGCGCCCGCGAACUCAACAUCAAAACCAAUGUCGUCCCCAAUGCCUCCAUCAUGUCCGGAAUCGGCUGCACAGGUCUCCAGCUUUACAACUUCGGCCAAACUGUCAGCAUGGUGUUCUUCCUGGACAAUUGGCGCCCGGCCUCAUUCUACGACCGCAUAGCCGAGAAUGCGCAGAUUGGGUUGCACACGCUCGUUCUGCUUGAUAUCAAGGUUAAGGAGCAGUCGAUGGAGAAUCUUGCUCGUGGUCGGAGAAUCUACGAGCCGCCGCGUUAUAUGACUGUCGCGCAGUGUGCGCAGCAGAUGUUGGAGGUGGAGGAGGAUCGGAAGGAGGGUAUCUGUGCGCCUGAUCGUCUUGCUAUGGGUGCUGCGAGAGUUGGUGCGCCGGAUCAGAGGCUUGUUGUUGGUACUUUGACGGAGUUGGCGGAGGUGGAGAUGGGUGCUCCGUUGCAUAGUCUUGUGCUUCUUGGACGGAGGACGCAUGAUCUCGAGAGGGAUUAUAUUCGCCAGUUUGCGGUUGAUGAGGCGACUUUCGAUGCUAGUUAUGCGAAGUACUACGGUAAGAGUUCAUGA